CGUUCCGAGGGCGCCGCCGCCGCUCCGGGGCUCGGGGAAGGGACGGGUCCCUCCCGAGGGGUCUCUCCGAGCCGAGCCGGGGGGCGGCCCCCGGAGGGACAUCUCGGUCCCGUCCGGCGGUGGGAGCGGCGGAACCGGGGCUGCGGCGGACGGAGCAGCGCUCUCGGCCGAGAAAGAACAUGAAGCCUGCUACAGAGACAGAAGUUCAUUAGGAAAUGAGAUUGGGUGUUCAGAGAUCACUUUGAAACAACCCAGAAUUAAAUUCUGCAUCUGGCUACAGCUGGACAGGGAAUUCUGUGGCAUCAUGAAAAAGCUGGGACAGGCUGUCAUAGGAGAGCAACCUAUGGCUGGAGAGAGAAUGCUCAGGAUGCCCAGCUUCCUCCUAAAGCCCACCAGGGUCAUGCUGAGCCACAAGCCCUGGGCACUGUUUAUCCUCAUCUUUGUGUUUGUAUCCUUUGCGUACAUCAAGUUGUAUUCGAAUAUCUGGGAGGACCCAAAGAGCAGAGGCCCCCUCUACGGCUCGUCUGCUGAAAUCAGCUGUGCUCACUAUGUGCCUUCUUCCCUCAACAUUGCUGGUGGGCCCUCUCCUUCUACAGGAAGUGUGUUUUUUGUGGAGACCUCAGAGCAAACUACCCCAAGUUACCUGUUCUCAUGCUCUGUGGAGUCAGCGGCCAGGGCACACCCCGCAUCAAGAGUUGUGGUGCUCAUGAAAGGCUUGGCCAAAGAGAAUGCCUCCUUACCCAGGCACUGGGCUUUCUCCUUGCUGAGCUGCUUCCCCAAUGUGGAAAUCCAGCCCCUGGACUUGACAGACCUCUUUUCUGGAACACCUCUGAAAAGUUGGUACAUGUGGCCUCUGCGCCACUGGGAGCCUCAUUUUUUACCUGUCCUCUCUGAUGCCUGCAGGAUUGUCCUCAUGUGGAAAUUUGGUGGCAUCUACCUGGAUACAGAUUUCAUUGUGCUUAAGAACUUACAGAACCUCACCGAUGCACUCGGGAUUCAGGAUGACGUUGAACUGAAUGGGGCCUUUCUGUCCUUUAAGCCCAAACACAAGUUCAUGGAGCUUUGCAUGCAGGACUUUGUGCAGAAUUACAAUGGCUGGGUCUGGGGCCACCAGGGCCCAAAGCUCCUAACUCGUGUCUUCAAGAAAUGGUGCUCCAUCCAGACUAUCAAGAGCAUGAGCUGCAAAGGUGUGAGUGCUCUUGCCCCAGAAGUUGUUUAUCCCAUUCCCUGGCAGGACUGGAAGAAAUUGUUUGAGCCAGUCAGUGCCUUGGAGCUUCGCAAACUCCUGAAGAACACCUAUGCAGUGCACGUAUGGAACAAACUGAGCCAUGGGACCAAGUUAGAGAUCCCCUCCCAGGCUCUGCUGGCUCAGCUCUAUUCCCAGUUCUGCCCUGCCACCUACACAAAGAUGAAACAGGACUCUGAAGAGUUGUCAAGGGGUGCAGUGUGACCUGAGGGCCCUUGGCUGCAGAGAUGUUCCCCAGACCGAAGGAAACCGAGUGCCUUUGACAUUCUCCAGAGUUGGUUUCUAGACCCCAGAGCAGGUGUUCUGCGUGACAGCUCUGUGGUUUUGUACCAUUUCUGAUCUCUGCCUCCGAUCCUUUGAGUUACAAAUUUACAGCAGAACCUGAGUUCAGCCUCUCUUGCUGUCCUUCAGGAGACCUCUUGCUGCAAGGGAGGUUGAACUUGUUCUUCAGCAUCCCUCAGCUGGUCCUCUCUUGGUUUUCUCCAACAGCUCCUCCUGUGGAUCCCGGCCUGAGCAGCCCCUUGUGAUUUUUCAGCAGCUGUAAAGACCCUUGGCUUGCUCUCUGUGGCAUUUCUCGGCUUGUGAACCACUGCCAGUAGGUGCCAAAGGGCACAGUUAGCUGGAGCUCAGAACAGAACUCACUGGCUGGCAAGGAUCCUUUACGCCUUGAGAAAUACAUGAAGAGGAUAUGCAAAUUGCAGGAUUUAAUAUCCCUGCGCCUCUCAGUGUGAAAUUCUUCUAAACUUCUAAAGUGAGAAAAGUUGAAAUGGUGUUUCCUACUGUUUCCAGUUCCACAGCAGUGGGAUGACUUUUCUGGGACUCCUCAGGAAAACAAACAGACAAAAGCAGUUCAUUUAGGAGUGGAAAUAUAAAGUGUCUUGCUCUGCUGAAGUAAUUCUUGUAGGAAACCAACAUCUAACCAGCCAUUGUCACAUUCUGAAGAGUCUCAGCAUUGCCUGUUUCUGCAGUGCUGUGAGGAGGAUUACGUCUCUGUGAUUGGAAUAUGGAGCCCAUUGUGGAAGUCCAGAGGAUAACAUGUCCAUAUCAACAGAAAGAACAGGUCCAGGAUUCAGAGCAGUGUCCCCAGGGACAGAAAUAAAAACUCAGAAGCGCAUGAAUGUUGGAAAAGACCUUCGAGAUCAUUGAGUCCAACCUUCAAUUCCAGUAUCAUCACGCUCACUGGCCUUUAUCCCAUGUGUACUCAUUUUCUGGAGUGCUUCCAGGGAAGGCGACUCCACCACUUCCCUGGGGAGCCAGUGGAACACGGUGCUUAAGCACUCUGAAUUUUUUUCCUCAUAUCCAAGCUGAACCUACCGUGGUGCAGGGAGUGCUGCAUCCAGCCCUGGGCCCAGCACAGGAAGGACAGGGAGCUGCUGCAGCCAGGCCGGAGCCAGGACACCAAGAGCAUCAGAGGGAUGGAGCAGCUCUGCUGGGAGGAAAGGCUGAGGGAACAAUUGGGAUUGUUCAGCCUGGGGAAGAGAAGGCUUUGGGGUGUCCUCACUGUGGCCUUGCAGUGCCUGAAGGGAAUGCACAGGAAAGAUGGAGAGAGACUCUUGACAAGGGCCUGGAGUGACAGGAAUAAGGGGGAAUGGCUUCACACUGACAGAGAGCAGGUUUAGAUUGGAUAUGAAGCAGAAAUUGUUCCCUGUGAGGGUGGUGAGGCCCUGGCACAGGUUACUGCGAGAAGCUGUGGCUGCCCCAUCCAUGGCAGUGUCCACAAUCAGGUUGGGUGGGGCCUGGAGCAACCUGGGAUGGUGGAAGGUGUCCUUGCCCAUGGCAGGAGGAGUGGAAUAAGAUGAUCUUUGAUGUCCUUUCCAACCCAAAUUAUUCUACUGAUAGCGGUGCUGAAAUGAUUCUAUUAAUUUCUGCUCGUUCUGUCCCUUGUUCCCUGGGAGCAGGGCCUCCUCUCCACCUGGCUGCACCCUCAGGUGUUUUGGACUCUUCAGGGAAUUUUGGAGAGCAAUAAGGUCCCCCUGAACCUCCUUUUCCUCCAGGUUAAACUCCCCCAGCUCCCUCAGCUGCUCCUCAUCAGACUUGUGCUCCAGCCCCUUGCCCAGCUCCGUUCCCUUCUCUGGACACGCUCCAGCCCCUCAAUGUCCAUCUUGCAGUGACAGGCCCAGAACUGGACACAGCACUGGACACACCUCACAUUGGUGAGGCCUCACGAGUGCCCACAACAGGGGGACAGUCACUGCCCUGGUCCUGCUGGCCACACCAUUGCUGACCCAGCCUAGAUGCCAUUGGCCUUCUUGCCCACCUGGGCACACACUAUGGACCAGCAGGCCCAGGCCCUUUCCUGCUGGGCUCUUCCCAGCCACUGUUCCCCAGCCUGGAGCUGCUGGGAGUUGUGACCCAGGGGCAGGAGCCCCAGCACCUGGCCUUGUUGAACCUCAAAGUUAUGAAACAGGACUGGCCCUGACAGUGGGCCCUGGGUACAACACCGGUGACCUGCUGCCAGCUGGAUUAAUUCCACCACCGCUCUCUGGGCCUGGCCAUCUGGGCAGUGUUUUUCCAGCAAAUGGGGAACCUGUUAAAUCCAUGGGCUGCAAGGACAAUGCUCUCCAGGAGAACGCUGUGGGAGCAGCAAUCAAAGGCUUUACUGAAGGUCCACGUACACAACAUCCACAGCCUUUCCCCAUCCAUUAGGUGUUCACAGAAGGAGGUUGGGUCAGUCAAGCAGGACCUGCUUAAACCCAUGCUGGCUGGGCCUGAUGCCCCAGUGGUACAGCACACAUUGUGUGACUGCACUCCAAGUAAUCUGUUCCAUACCCUUCCCUGGCACCGAGGCCAGGCUGCCAGGCCUGUGGUUCCCCCACUUGUCCUUCCAAGCCUUCUCGCAGAUGGGUGUCACAUUGGCCAGCCUCCCGUCACCCAGGAGCUCUCCAGUUAACCAGUCCUGGUUAAACGCUGCUAAAUGAUGGAGAGAGGAGCUUUGCGAGCUGCUUCACCACCUCCCAACCAUAGCCUUAGGAGGAAGGAUGACAUCUCCCUAGACUUGUGCAUGUCUGAGCAGCACAGCAUGCUCACUAACAAGUCACUAACAGCUUCUUCCUGCAGUGUGGGGACUUUGUUCUGCUCCCUGUUUCUUCUGUCUUCCAGUUCAGAGGGCUGGACAUGUCAAGAGUAACUAACUGGGCUUUCGGUUAAAGGCUGAGGUAAAGAAGGCAUUGAGUACCUGAGCCUUUUCCUCAUCCCUGGAGGUCAUGUUC